CCACAGAUUCACGACGCUUAUCUGUUAUAUUACUUGUGACAGCUGCAUACCGGUAAUGCAUUGAUUAUUAAAUUUUCUUCUCAACUCAAGGUCUAUCACAAACGAACAAAUUUCUACCAUGCCGCUCUUUCGACGUUUCCGGAAGAAGAUGGGCCUCGACGAGUCUUCUGGCGAGGAGUGCGAGGAUGCUAGUGCCGGAGACCUUUCCUACGUCGGAACCGCUGCCUAUAACGUCCUGCGACGAAAACACAAUCAUCGGCACCACGAACUAUGGAAUGUGACGAAAGGGAAAGUAAUCCGCUUGGACAAUACACCCCGAGAUGCUUUCAGCCGCGAUGACCGAGUCGAUCCAGUGGAAGGCCACGAUGACUGGCUCCCAAAACGAUUGGAAGAACUCAUUUCGAAAACGGAAGAAUGGUGUGACAUACUCACGCUCGGGCCUCCAGAUGGCAUGUUUUUAGAUGCAUUCAAAAACGGUAUCAAGGCUCUUUGCGAAAAAGAAUUUAUACUAAAUCGUAUCGUUGUGCGCAUCAUGUUUGGUAACAUUGUUGGUCAGCCUGUAAAUUGUACGAAAAUUAUUGCAGAUUUGGUCAAGGACUUACCUCCAAAUGCAGGAGACAAAAUCAAGCUUUGGGUAGGCAGUUGGCGCAAAGGUGUCACCUGGAAUCACUCCAAGAUCAUUGCUGUCGACGGCAAAUAUCUCUGGACAGGUGGACAUAAUUUUUGGGAUCGACAUUAUCUCCGCAAGAAGUAAGCGAAACGAAUAUGAAAAGGUAGAAUUUAUUGAAGGUGGCAGCAUGUCGCAUUAUUUGGAGAUCGUUUUGAUGCAGUUCUGUCGCUUUUGCUAACACGUAUUGUUGUUGAUCUUGCUCUGAAGUCCUGUGAACGACAUUUCAGUUGAGAUGAAAGGAAAUGUUGCUCGAGACGGCCAUCGAUAUGCCAAUGCUCAGUGGGCAUAUAUUGUGAAGAAACAGAGCACGGCCUGGGGUAGAUUUGUUGACAGACAUGUCGCCGAUUGCGUCGAUGUACCCCGUACCGCACGUGUCACUGUUUCUGAAUUCCCCGAAGGAUCUGCAGCGGAGUUCCCACCGCUUUACAACCCCAAAAAUUCCUUACUUCAGGAGACUCGAUUGUUCCGUGGUCCCAGUUCAAAGUCUAACAUAAGCGAUCCCGGUGCCCCCGUCAUAACCAUGGGAAGAUACGGAACAAUAUUGAAGAAUGCGCGUCCCUCCGAUGAUGCAUUCAUCGCAAUGUUCAAAUCUGCGAAGACGACUAUUCGUUGUGCUUUGCAAGAUAUAGGUCCAAUUUGUGUUCCUAAAACCAAAAUGACGGUACCAGGUGCGUGCAUUGCGUUUUUUUGAUACUUUCAAUCUGUUCCCACAUUUUUGAAAGGCUGCAUCAAGGGUGAUUGCUAAUUUCUUCUCGUCAUUCCACCAUUCCAAUUCAACAAUCAAUCUCUGCUAUUUAUUCCUCCACAUGAAUAGGUAUGGUUUGGCCAAAAGCAUACAUGAAUGCGAUGGCGGAAGCUUUGUGGACCAAGGAUGUCGAUGUUGAGAUAGUUCUUAGCAACCCGGGAAGCAUUCCCGACAACUUAAGUUUAACAGAAGCACAGUAUGGAAAUGGGUGGUAAGAUCAUGUCUCAUGGAAUGCAUAUCGAUAAUCUCGUAACCAGACGAUUUCAGUUUUCAAUUUUUGGGAUUAAUUUUGGUUGAUUCUUCUAACAGAUAUCGUCGYCCACAAUUCCAUCCCUUUUUUAUCUUGACAUCAACUCGAAAAGGUCUUGUGUCGAUGUCGCAGCUGAGAUCAUCAAGUGUAUUGUAGAGCAAUUCCCGGAUGCCAAUGACAAUCAUACGAAAUUGAGACGCACUGUCAAAGAAAAUCUUCGAGUAUGUUUUUUAAAAUGCAGGCGUGGGGGUUCUCGUUAUUCCGAUGGUAGUUCGCUUGGACUCCACAGCAAGCAUUUCAUUAUAGAUGACAUUUGCUGUUAUAUUGGAUCUCAGAACCUUUAUAUUUGUGAUCUUGCAGAAUGGGGUGUCCUUAUCGACUCGCCUGAUGCUGUAGCAGAUAUCAAGCAACAGUAUUGGGAUCAAAUGUGGGAAGUGUCAUAUACCAGGGAUGACUGCAACGUGAACGAAGUGAUGGAUGGGCUCGGUAUCAAUCGAAAUGCCGUCAGCAGAAUGUCUUUGACGGCGUACGAGCUCCAACAAACCAAGGCUGUGAUGAAAGCRAACUUCAAAGAUUAUCUCGAUGGGUCGGAAAGUGACCAGAGCGAUGCAGAGGAUGAAAAGGAAGACGAGUAAAGUGAAAGGAAUGCACUAUGGCUUUGUGAAGAAAGUAACGAACGACGUUCAUAUCUGUUUUGUUUGAUGAAUAAAGUGAAGGASGGCAUAGUUGGAAUAUUAAAACUCCGUAGUCUUAAAUGUAUGUGACACACGAAGACAUAUAUUACAUAUUUGUUCACGACUAUUUGUAUUUGAAUAAAUAGUGUUGUAGUUC